AUGGCACUUCCGUUUAAAAUAAUGGAACAUGUCAGCAGCAAAACAUCAGCUGGCGAAGAACGACUGUCGUCGUCUUUAUUCUCCUGUCAAUAGCCAUUUAUUUAAGUCUUUUUUACAGAUGUUACACAUUCCUUUUGAAAUAUUAGAUCUAUAUGGGGUCAAUAGCCAUUAAAUGGAAUUUUGUUCCCCGACAGAUAUCGAUUUAUCUUCAAUAGAUGAAAUGUCCAACAGAAGUUCAUCGUCAAGUUUCUCUUCUACUUCUGACAACGCCGAAAAAGCCUUUCAUUCUCUAGAAAAUUUGUACAGAUCUUCUGAGGAGGAUGACGACUUUGAUACGAUUGCCCUUGAUGAAGCUAACACACGAUCUCCCAGCUUUAAACGUUAUCUUUACCCUAAGAAAGAGUUUGUCGAGGAGUUAAGACCAGAUGAAAUACGAUGGUUUCACAAGCAGGAGGACUCCAAAAAGUGGACCGCAUUUAUUGGUUAUGAUUCUCUUAGAAUAGAAUGUAGAUACAGAGCGUUAAAUCUGAGUAAUGAGAGUGGGGAUAUUGAUGAAAAUGAAAAGAUUCUUGUCAGGGGUGGACUUUAUGAAGUUGAUGUACAGGAGAAAAAGUGUUCCCCAGUUUAUUGGUCAGAGGAAUCUUCAAUCAUAUUACGAGGCAUUUGGUUUGAAGAUGGAAGUUGGCAACCCCUUGAAGAAACUUUUACUACUCAGAUUGAGGCAGAACACAUGACUAGAUUUAAAGGGCAACGACUGGAAGAAGCACCUGAGUCACAGAAAGGACCUAAGCCUGUAAUUCACCAUCUCAAGUUCAAAGAUUUUCAUGUAGAUUGGAAUGCAACAAAUGAAGUUUAUAAAUUUAAUGAAUCUACAUCAUCCAAGCUAUUAAGAAAUGUUAGACAGUCUUUGGGCUGGCAAAAAUCUGGCACUCGUCUGUUUCGAGGUUAUUGUGUUGAAGCUGUUAUGGAUGAUAAGCCUCCAGACAUAUGUCAUCUUGUCUUUGUCAUUCAUGGCAUAGGUCAAAAGAUGGACACUGGGAGUAUUGUCCGUUGUACUAAAGAACUUCGUGACAGAGUUCGCUACAUGAGGACCAAAAUGUUUCCAGAUUUUGAUACAACCAGCCAGAGAGCAGAGUUUCUUCCAGUUCAGUGGCGCUCUUCGCUCAAGCUAGAUGGAGACACAGUUGAGUCUGUUACCCCACACAAGAUGAAAGGUGUGCGCAGUGUGCUGAACAGCUCUGCCAUGGAUGUAUUGUACUACACAAGUCCCCUGUACAGGUCAGAGAUCACCGCCAGUCUGAAAACUGAGCUGAUUCGUCUUUAUCAAAUGUUCUGCUCUCGGCAUCCCUACUUUGAGCCAUGUAAUGGCAAAGUCUCAAUUGUGGCCCAUUCAUUAGGUGCAGUGAUCUCUUAUGACAUUAUCACUGGAUGGAAUCCUGUCAACUUGUAUGAUCAAUUAAUGAAUUCACUAUUGGCUGAAGAGGAAGAUAAUGCCAAAGACAAUGCUGAGAUCCUGCAAGAUGUUGCCAUUGCCAAAAAUAAAGUCCAAGAGCUGGAGGAGAUGAUGAAGUCUAUUCGAGCUCGUCAAAGAAAAAAUAUUAAAUCUCUUCCUUUUCAGAUAGAGAACCUUUUCUGUAUUGGCUCCCCACUGGCUGUGUUCCUGGCAUUACGAGGUAUCAGGCCACAUGGUACGGGCUCUACAGACAACAUACUGCCUACAUCUCUAUGCAAACAUAUAUUUAACAUAUUCCAUCCAUCUGACCCUGUGGCUUACAGAAUUGAACCACUUAUACUGAAACACUACACCACCAUCAUGCCUUUAGCCAUCCACCAUUUCUCAGAGCCAAAGAAACUGCCUUAUUCAAAGAUACCUAGCCGAGCCUAUGCUGCCUUUACAGGGGCUGUGGAAGAGAUCACAAAAGACAAGUCCCACAAAGAGGAAGAUAGUGGAGAAGGCAGUGGAAAGGAGGAUAGCGUGGACUCUGGCGGGAAGAAAUUUUCUCUUUCUGGUUGGCUGAACAAUCGUAAGAAGAAAGAAGCAACAGACAAGCUGAGUGCAGAGCUCCAGAUCCUAAACAAAAUGAGCAGGCCACAAGAGUUAACAGACAUGAAAAAAGAAAUGCAGUAUACUGAUCCUGAUCAACUAGAUAAGACUGCUAUGCUGGCACAUCUGUUUAAGUUGGAAUAUCGCAUAGACUUUCAACUGAAAGAGCAGAGAAUGGAAAACAGCUAUCUGUCCGUCUUAACCUCACACACCUCUUAUUGGACAAAUAAAGACGUCGCCUACUUCCUUCUGACCCACAUGCACCUGGAGCUGCAGGAAGAGGAGAAUAAACCAUCGUAAUCCACUGUGCAGCAGUCAAAGUAUGAACAUCUACAGUCAUGGUCUUUAAACUGAUCCUUGUCUUAUAAACAGUAUUCUCCUGAUAAAGAGGUGAUACACUUUCCACACUCAAAAUCUUUAAAGUUCAGUGAAUAUGACUACCCCCCUUUUUUUAACAGCUCUACUGGACUCAUUUUCUCUACAACUAAAUAAACUGUUUUUGUUAAUAUUUUAUUGCUACAUGUGCUUUCCUUAAAUAUACUACAGACAGAAAAGUUUGUGAUAAUUUUUUUUUAUUUCAUCUGCUAAUUUUCCAUUACAAUCCCACUAAUCACUAAGAUGUUUUCGGUCUGAGAGUCAUACUCAAUGAUAGAUUUAGGUUUGACUAUGAGACAAGUGGAAAUUUCAACUCUGUAUUUUUUUUUACGCUGGUAAAUAUUUAUUUAUUCUUAUCUGAUAUUGUCAUGAAAGAUGAUGUAAUAUUUACAGAUCUAAACCAUGUUAUUUUUAUAUUUUGCUAACUAUAAGGAAUUUUCCGAAAGCAACCUUUUUUUCUUUUUUAGAAAAGAUUGAAAUUGGUCCUUUCUCUGCCAUGUUAUUCUCUGGUUCCUUUGUAAAUAAAUUGAAAAUAUACAGCGAGCUAUACCCUUACACUAACAUAGCAUCUAGAGUUAGUAAAGAUUACUGUCAUUCUGUAUCUUAACUACCACUAUUAAGAAGAUAUGCUGUUAGUAUUUUUACAUUCAUUAUAAAUUGUUGAUUAUACUUUGUGACUAUAUUUUUAAUACUCUUAAAUUGUAUCCUUUUUUUAAAAAUAUUAUUGAAGGGAUACUCUGCAUAACCAAUAUCCCUGUUAAACAAUGCUAAUAGGGAAGGGAAGGGCUUUUUGGGGAUUUAGAAUCUUAUUUAGACUUAAAUUCAUUGAAUCUUUGAAUGUCAGUUAAACACUAUCUAGAGACUGCUGAUUUAGUUGAAUAGCUAGCAAAAAUUAAAUAAAUUUCUAAGAUUUUUUAAAGAAUCACUAAAGUUGUUUUUUAUAAGAGGUUUACAAGUAGACUUUUUUUUCCCUCUAAACUUCCUGCAGUAUGGCAGGGGAUGGCAGCAGGAGGUGGGAAGCAUCCUAAUGACUGUCCCAAAACAUACCUAACCAUUCAAUUGUCAAAGCCAAGUUAUAUUGGUUCCAAAGUGGUCACCAUGGCAGCCCAUAUUGAUGAUUAUCUUACUGUGAUUUGAUUAACUUUUUAAAUUAAAAUAAAUAAUACAUCAACCUAAGCAGUUUCACAAUGUGCUAAUGAGUUGAAGCUUCUUUAAUUACUGUGAUUGUUCUAUCUUUUUGUAUUUUAAAAACAAAAUCAGGAAAAAUCAAAGAACACUUAUUUUACAUUGGUGCCGUACAAGACUAAAAAAGAUAGAUAAUUGUAAUAAACCCCUUUAUUUAUAUACAGCAGACAAUCUUAGUUAAACAUUCCAAAUCGCAGUGCAAAGAGGAGACUUACUACAAGAAUUUCCAGUCAUCCACAAUUUUAAUUUGUGAACAUUCAAUGUUAAGUUCAAAUGUGUGGCCUUCUUGACUUCAUCUAAUUCCAAAGAUUGUUCAUGUCCUUGUGCCAUCAUUUGUGUUAGUACCAUUACUUCACUUCAACAUAACAUUUGUUUCUUUGUGAUAUAUAUAUACUUCUUAUUUUUUAAACUUUGUCAUUAUCAGCAAAUAUAUUUCAUAGAUGUCCUACUCAGAUAUAAAUAUAAAAUCAUCUCAAAAGUUAAAUAUGAAUGAAGGCCUUAGAGUAAAUCUAGUACAUUUCUCUUCAGGAGUCAUUUGUCUAUAUUAUUCACCAGCUUUCAUGUUAUUGUAUAACCUUUAUUGAUGUUUCCAAACAAAUCUAUUUAUAUUUAUUGUUCUUAAAAAAAUUGUCACAAUUUUUUUUUCUUCUUAUUUUACUUCGCUAACUUGUAUACUGACAUCUUUCUUUACUUAUAAUCUAGCAUCUACUACUGGGUUUUAAAUGUUUCUUCUUUGGUAAUAAAUAAACUUAACUUUAUCUAUGGAGACUUUUUUUAAGUAAGCCAUCUUUUCAUACUCUAUACCUAUUUAUAGUUGCCACGAAAGAUAGUACCUGUACUUAAGUUAAUGUUAGGUUCACAUAGAAUACAGUAUCUCCUUUGCUCUUAAAAUAAAUAUCUUGUAUAGAAUAUACUAUUUCCAUUGCCUGUUAAAAUAAAUACCAAGUAUUAAAAUGCCCUAUGUAUUAUUUUUUCCCAUAAUCGUCUUACUUAUUUUUUUUUAAUUUGAUCUAAAAAAAAAAUAUGUUUGUGUUUUUGUAUUUUUUAUUGCAUUUGAAUUUCUGCAUUAUAUUUUUGGAACAUUUAUUCUAUUGUUAGUUUCUGUUGGAACUUAAUGAAUAUAAAAACACUCGUUAAACAAUUAGUUUUGAUCUCAGUUUUGAAGCUUGGCCAAUUGAUAGCAUAAAGCUUCAUCAUUAUUAUUAUAUUUAUGACCUUAUUUGCAGUAUUAUUAUUUGUUUAUUUUUUUUUUAUAAUUUUGAUUAUAUGCUUCUAACAUUUGUAUCAUGUUAAAUUAUUUUGUUUUAUCUGUGUGAAUUACUUCCCUUUCAAUAUUUAAAUAUUUCUCAAUGUGUGUUUCAUUAUUAAUGUUGGUAAAUUAUUUGAAGACAGUGGGUAAACAUUUAUUUAUAACACAUUGGAUAAACUCAUCUUUGAUUGUUUUACUAGCUAGAGUAAUGGAAAGAGUGUAAUAGUGAGAAACACACAAAAAGUCUGUUGUAUUAAAGGGUGUGAAGUUCUGGUCAAAAUAAACAGAAUAUUCUGUUUAUUGGGGAAUUCCUACUUCCCACAUAAUGCUUAUGGUAUAAUUUGCCAGGGAACUAGGGUCCUACAAGUGUGCAGAUUUAAACUGUUUUGUAACAUUUCCUCUUCACUUAUGGGAGAUUUACUUAAAAAUUAUUUAAUGUGCAUUACCUUCAAAGAUCCAUAGAACUCAAGAAUCAAACCUUACCCUAUGGGACUUCUUGAAAAUGGUUAGAAUCUGAUUUUAAACCAGUAUUUUGCAAUAGUUAAAUAAGGACUUAAGAUAUACUUCAACAUUACCAUCUAUUCAAUAUAGAGUUUAUAUACAAGUGUAUAAAUGAUUUACAGCUUUCUAUAAAAGUUGCCUUUAUAUUUACAGCUAUUUGAACCAGCCCUUGAGAACCAGUGUUGUAGUAGACUCUAAGAAGAUUAUGAUUAUGAUUGCUUCUAAUGCUCUGUUGUUGUUUUUUCUGUCAGUUCUGUAUUUGUAUAAAAACAAUAGACUCUCAUUUUAAGUUACAUAUUUCAAAUAUAAAUACAUAUAUACUCUGUCAAAGCACAAAUUUUAUUAAAAUAAUUUUAUUUUUAAACUGUUACUGAUAGUCAAUUUUGACUCCCCUGCUGAUAAAAUUGUGUCAUCUCCUUUUAAUGAUUGAAUGAUAUCAUUAUGAUGCGAAACAAUGUGAUUCAUUAUAAAAGCAUUCAUGUUUAAUUUUCUUACCAAAGUUUCUCAUUUUAUUUAGUUUUGAGCUGUGAUACGCAAUCAUAAAUUAUCUUUAGAACUCAUCAUUUUGUGAUACAUUUUUAGUGUUUCCAAUUCUGGUAGUUUUGACCACACCUGGACAGCCAUCCAUACAUUGAAAGAAGAAAAGGGGUUUGAAUGCCCCAAAAAAAGGUUAAUAAAAGUCUGACAACUCUGACAGCUCAUUAGGUGCCCUCAGGUGUUGUAGGCAAUCACUAUUCUCCAGUGCAAAGCAAAACAUUACUCCUGUGGUUCGUCUUUGCACAAUUUAGACCAAAUGACCAAUGGUUCCCCUGGUGCAGAUGGGAAGAGAAAUAAGUUUCUUUUAACUUCCUGCCUAUUAUUUGGAAAUUAAUUAUUCAAUACCGGUAUUGGGUAAGUCAUUUUUUAUUGACUUGCAUAGUAACUCACUGGCGACCACAGUUUAUAUCCACAACUUUUUAAGGAAGGAGCUCAAAUGCUCUAACCCUUAAUCAAAUGUUUUUUGAGAAUCAUUGAUGUAUGAUAUGAAAGUUUUUUUGUCUUUUGUAUGCAUUCACCAUUAUAUGGUGAAAUUUAGAAGGUUAAAGCUUGCAUCUUAAGGUUAAAUAAGGUUGAUAGGAUUGUGCAUAAGUUUGAUUAUAUGUGUAUUUAGUCUGUUUCAUAGUUACACAUGGUGGAGGUGUUUGAACUUGAACUUAUCUAUUGCCAUUUAAAGCCAAAACCUUGAAAUAACUUUGCUAACAUUAACUAUUCAGAACAGUACUACAGAGGGCUGCUAUUGCAUGAUUUGCUAUUCAGAGUUCAUUCCAAUGGUCCAUUUAUGAGUCCAGCUCAUAGUCUUUAUGUUACUUAGCAUAAAUUUCUUCUAUUGGUGAUAAUUGUCUUUUGUUUUUUUAGAAAGUCAUCUUGAAUCACAUGUCAUUGAACCUUUUUUUUAUGAACAUGUUUGAUACACACACACACAAAUAACUUUAACAAGAUUUGACUGACAUUGUUCUCAUGCUGUUGUUACCUUUCUUUCAUUAGCUCAACGUGUGACUAGUCAAUUAUGUAGUUUCUACACUCCUGGCUUAUCUUAUCCUCCUUCCUGUCCCCUGCAUUUCAUAGUGUAGAAAAGAACAUUAUUAUGCAAGUUGUUAGGGUUGUAUCUGUAAAUAUAAAUAUUUAUUUUUAUUUGUUUGCAUUGAAGUAAUUAUUACUUAAAGUUUUUAAUAUGUACUGAAUUUUUUUCCCCUUGUAAUUUCUAUAAAGUUCUAGCAGAAAAUCUGGCAUUUCUGGCUAGUGAGCUUUUAGCUUCUUCUCACCUUCUACAUGUUUUUCUGGCAUGUGUCUACUGCUAACUGUGUGUUGUAGUUUACAAUUACAUUACUGUUCAAAAUGUGAAGAUGAAGCUGAUAGUACAAGUGAUUUCUUUUUCUCAUACUUUACAAUGUGCCUGCUGGAAAUGGAAUCAUAUAAUUAUUUCAUGUAAUGAUUUGACUACUAUAUGCUGCUCACUUUCCUUGUUUGGGAUAAGGAGAAAAUAGAUUUUUUUUAAAAAAUUCAAACAUUGAAAACUAUUUAUUAAACAUUAUUCUAGUUUCUUAUUAAGUAAAAAAAAAAUUCCAAAUCUAUAUCCCAUUACAAAUUAAAGUCGCUUUGUAGUUGAACAUUUAUAGACUUAGAUAUGAAAACAAAAAUCAUCUUAUUGCAUUGAAAUAAGCAUUUUCUUAUGGUGCUGAAAAAUAAUUACAAAAUAUAAAGAUAUAUUUAAACAAUUGAAUUUCACAUAUAUGAAACAAAUAUUAAACUGUAUUCAUUCAAAAGAAAAUCUAGUAGUUUUUUUUUCUCUGUUGAUUACCCAGGCAAUUUAGCAGUAGUCUUUGUAUUAAAACUAGUAUGGUAAAUGUUAAUAAAUGAUUGUAACAGAUUUCAUUCAUUUAAUAUAACUAUGACAUCUCUACUUGAGGUUUUCAAUUCUUGUUGGGUUGUCUGGAACACAUCCCUGCAAUAAGUGAGGGAACAAUGUGAUUUGUUUUUUAAAACUUUACUUGUAAAUCUUAUCAGCUUUUGUUGCCCAAUUGUUAUUUCUACUUAUUCAUAUACAAACAAAUGGUUCUGAGUUCCAAUAAAACUAUGUACUUGACAAUCUUGAA